AUGACGGGCCAUUACGAUCCAAAUCUCUAUAUUGGCUGCAAAGCCUACAACGGGGUCGAAACGAGUUAUGGAUAUAUCCCGACCAAAGCGGUCGGCUUUGCAUUCUGCGUGCUAUUUGGACUGUCGAUGAUCGCUCAUAUUGUUCAACUGUGUUGGAAGCGGGUAUGGUGGUGCAGUGUGUUCGCGAUCGGAUGUGCUGCUGAACUACUCGGCUGGGCGGGCCGUCUGUGGAGCGCCGAAUGCCCCUAUAACUCCACCGCGUUCAUGAUACAGAUAGCUACCUUGAUCAUCGCACCUGUUUUUUUCACGGCCGGCAUAUACAUCCUCCUCGCUCGCUACAUUCAAAUCUUCGGCAAAGAGACCUCCUUCCUCGCUCCAAAGUUGUAUCUCUGGAUCUUCUGCACCUGCGAUAUCAUCUCGCUUGUCAUUCAAGCCGCGGGGGGAGGAAUAGCCAGCUCUGAAUCCGACGAUCCCCAUGGGAACCCCGACCCGGGCACUCACACGAUGGUCGCCGGUAUCGUCUUCCAGCUGGUCUCGAUCUCGGUGUUUGUCUACUGCACCAUUGACUUCUUUCUACGCAUCAAGCGCCUCGGGCAGCUCAAAGCAUUUACUCAGGGCCCUUUGCUGCUCCUGACGGGCGCGAUGGUGCUGUCUGUCCUGUGCAUAUACGUUCGGAGUAUCUACCGUACGAUUGAACUGGCGCAGGGCUGGACGGGGUAUUUGAUCACGCACGAGUCUUACUUCAUCGGCCUCGAUGGGGUCAUGAUGAUCAUUGCUGUUGCAGUAUUCAAUGUCUGUCACCCAGGGUGGUUGCUGCCUGCUAGAGCAGAGUCUGCCUUGUCUCAGGACCGCAAGUCUUCCAACUCCGAUGUUGAGAUGGUGCGCCCGGCGGCCUGA